AUGAUUCUCUCUUUAUGUAAUAUGGUGCAAAAGAGAAAAGCCAAAAUCUUUGUGUAUGGUCUUUUCUCUGUUGAUUGGGCCAAUCUCCCCUCCCUUAAAGAGGAAAGUGAACUCUUUGCAGUAGUCAACCAUUUCUAUGUGGUAUUUUCUAUAUCUGAUGAGAAUACUACUGUUAUAUAUGCAGCUAUUGCCACAGUUGUCACCAUUGCCGAAAUUUUGAAAAACAAUGGACUGGCUGUUGAGAAAAAGAUUACGACAUCUUCUGUUGAUAUGAAGGAUGAAUCAAGAGGGCGUUCCAUCUCCAAAGCCAAAAUUGAGAUAUUGCUGGGGAAGACAGCCAACUUUGAUGAACUGAUGGCUGCUGCUGCUGAGGAGAGAGCUGCUGGAGAUGGAGAUGAGCAGAGCUGA